AUGGCUGGAGUGCAAACAGGGGAUUUGAGUGAGCAGUUGCCUCCCCUUGCAGCAGAACCAGAGAAGAGCCAUCUGAGCCUCUCCAAUCCAUUUAGGUUUAGUUUCUGUAUGUAUACAACUGAUCCUGCGGAGUUCUACACAGCGCCCUAA